AUGUGGCCCCUCUGCGUCGCCGCCUCGAGCGGGCUGGUCUUGCCCGCGGCGUCCGGCUCGGCGCCCGCCUCCAUCGCCGCUUCGCCGCUGCGCGUCGCGGCGCACCCGCUGCUGCAGGCGCCGCCCGCCGUCUACUCCCCGUCAAAGGAUUUGGCAGGGCGUGGCGCAAAGUACUAUGACGGUCGGCCGCCUGAGCUGUCGCAGAGCAUCGCGCAGGCGCUCAAGGAGGUUGGGAAGCGCAAGAUUUGCGUCAUCACCGGCGCCUCCUCCGGUCUGGGGCUCCACGCCGUCACGGCGCUGACGUCGAGCUACGAGGGCUACUACGUCAUCGCGGCGGUGCGGGACACGGCAAAGAUGGACGAGGCGGCGGCGGAGAUGGGGAUCGACGCCAAGGACUACAAGGCGGUGAAGCUCGAGUGCGCCUCGCUCGCCUCCGUCCGCGACUUUUCGAAGGAGCUGAAGCGGCUGCUGCGCGGGCGCGGGUUGGACCGGCUCGUCUGCAACGCGGCGGUGUACUUGCCGACGGACCCGAAGCCGCGGUUCACGGACGAGGGGUACGAGAUGUCGUUUGGCGUCAACCACCUCUCCCACUUCCUCCUGCUGCAGCUGCUCAUGCCCGACCUCAAGAAGGCGAAGGACGCGCGCGUGUGCAUCGUCGGCUCGGUGACGGGGAACAAGAACACGGUGGCCGGCUCGCUGGUCAAGCCGGUGGCGGACGUGGGCGACCUCGAGGGCGUCAAGGCGGGGGCCGGCUCUGUGAUGGUGGACGGGUCGAGAAGCUUUGACGGCGCAAAGGCGUACAAGGACGCAAAGGCGCGGCCCCGCGAGGGGGGGGGGGGGGGGGGCCGGGGGAAAGCCGGAAAGCCGGAAAGGCCCCUCUUUACAAACCGUCCUGGCAUCGUCUUCAACUCGAUGUACCCGGGCUGCAUCGCCCAGACUCAGCUCUUCCGUGAGAAGCGCGACUGGCGGGGGGCGGCCUACCCACACCUCUGGAGGCGUGAGCAGGCGAUCGGGUCGUACGUCUCUCAAAAGGAGGCCGGCGAGCGCCUCGCGCAGACCAUCGCCGACCCGCAGGCGGCGAAGUCGGGCGUCUACUGGUCGUGGAACGGCGACGCGAAGUCGAUCGGCGUGGGCAACGCGGGCGGCGCCGGGGGGGACCUCUUCGAGAAUUCCUUCUCGGGCAUGGUCCAGGAUGAGGCCAACGGGCAGCUCUGCUGGGACUACUCGAUGGAGCUGGUCAAGCCGUACCUCAAGUGA